GCUGAGGUGGUUGGCGGUGGUCGUUGGAGGUGGUUAGCGGUGGAUGGUGGCGGUCGAACUGGACGAGGAGGAGGACGACGAAGACGAGGAGAACACGGUGGACGAGGAGGACGAGGAUUUGUGCUCGUAUUUGACAACAGUGAUACCUUAUCACAUGGACAGUGGCCCACCUGAUAAUCAAGCUUUACAAGUCCUCAUUAUGAUAUCAAAGGCUAUUAAUGAGGAUAGUCCAACGGUGCCCACAUUAUUAACGGACUACAUAUUGAAAGGUGGGUUGAUUUCUUUCACCUUGUCUUGAAUCCGUGCGAGAUAAACACUUGUAUAUUUCACGGUCCAGUUAUUAUCAUGAGGUUCAAGUUCG